GCAGGUACUAGCGAUGUGAAACAUCAUUGAAGUGUUGUUGGUUUUGGGAAGAUAAAAAUAGCCUGAUAGAAUUUGCCGCAAAAACGAAUAGUCCAUGUAAUUCACCACGAACGGCGCAGAGCUCGGCGAUCAAACAGGCCAUGACAACACGGAUGUUUAUUUGCGCAAUCUUAGUAACCGGGUUACUACUAGCGGCGGGAAGAUUCGGCGCCGGUUGCUCCGCGGAAGCCAGGGAGAUCCUUCACCCUAGUGUUCGCCCUACCAAAGGAGAGCCAAGGAUGACGAGCGCCAAACUGCUGGCCUGUGAUUUCGAGGUUUUUGGCAUAGUGCAAGGCGUGUUCUUCCGCAAGCACACCCAAAAGUAUGCAUCCAGUCUGGGAGUCCGAGGGUGGUGCAAGAAUACGGCCGAUGGCACUGUGAAGGGACAGAUUGAAGGCGAGGAGAAGGCCUUCAAUGAAAUGAAACACUGGCUGCAAACCAAAGGAAGUCCCUCUAGCCGUAUCGAUAAGGCAGUGUUCAACGUACCGAAGGAGCUGACAGCCUUCACGUACAACGAUUUCUCAAUUCGUCGCUAAGCCAUGUAGACAGCCUGUAGGA